AUGUCGGGCUACGCGCGCCGCCCUGGCGCGCCCCCGCUGUCCCGGACUCGGAGCCUCGUCGUUCCCGACGAUGACAAACCGGAAGACCUUGAAGAGGCUAAUCCAUCCUCCUUUAAAGAGUUUCUAAAAACCAAGAACCUUAGCCUGUCGAAAGAAGACACGUCAACCAACAGUAGGACUUAUCCGAAGGAAGCAUCAAGGCACCCAUUGGGACUAGACCACAGUUCUCCAACCUCUCAGACCAUGGGAUAUGGCCUGGAUUAUCAGCAGCCAUUUUUUGAAGACCCAACAGGAGCCGGUGACCUGGAAGAGGAGGAAGAGGAGGAUGGGUGGGAUGGAGCCUACAUGCCCUCUACCGUGGAACAGACUCACUCCUCCAGGGUCACAGGCAGCACGUCACCCUGUGGCACAUACCUUUCCUUUUUCUCCAACACAUCGGAGCUUGCAGGACCCGAGUCUUUGCCCCCAUGGACCAUUGGUGACACCGACUCGCAUGUUUCCCCGGCAUCUCCAGCCGGGAGUCCGGGUGCAGACUUUGCAGCACACGGAGAAUCCUCGGGAGACCGACACCUGCGGACGCUGCAGAUAAGUUACGAAGCACUAAAAGACGAAAAUUCUAAACUAAGAAGAAAGCUGAAUGAGGUUCAGAGCUUCUCUGAAACUCAAACAGAAAUGGUGAGGACACUGGAGCGGAAGUUGGAAGCAAAGAUGAUCAAGGAGGAGAGUGACUUCCAUGACCUGGAGUCGGUGGUCCAGCAAGUCGAGCAGAACCUCGAGCUAAUGACUAAACGAGCUAUAAAGGCAGAAAAUCAUGUGGUAAAGCUGAAACAGGAAGUAAGCUUGCUCCAGGCACAGGUCUCCAGCUUCAAGAGGGAAAAUGAAGCCUUGCGUGCGGGCCAGGGCACCAGCCUUACAGUGGUGAAACAGAACACGGAAGUGGCCUUGCAGAACCUCCGCAUUGUCAUGAACAAUGCACACUCAUCCAUAAAGCAGCUGGUGUCUGGAGCAGAAACACUGAAUCUUGUUGCUGAAAUACUGAAAUCUAUCGACAGAAUUUCCGAAGUUAACGAGGAGGAGAAGUCUUGAGAACCGCUUGUUGCUACCAGCUCCUACCCUUGCGCCACGUCAUCUGAGUGGGCACCCAUAACUAUGCAGCCUCAGCCAAAGCAUUUAUCAUGAGACCCUGAAAUCAUGACCUGUAGCAGUGUCAAUGGCUCCUUUCCAUGAGCCGCACCUCUGUUUUACAUGCAGUCUGUAGAG